AUGCCGCCGUUUAAGCGCCAGCCCGUGAAGCUUGAGGACCUACUUGCUCCACGGGGUCUUCAAACAGCGAUCAAAGAGAUCUGCCAGUGCGUGGACGAGGCGCGAGCAGAUAGAGAGUCUGGGGUGACGUUAGCUCGACGCAUAGCAGGUCAGUUUGUCAGGUGGAAUAGGGAAGUCUUUGGACCCAUUCCGCCGAUCCGCACACUCCGACGAAUUAAUGCAAUGGUGAAAGCCCAAGUCAUUGCAAAUUACUCUUCGUCUGCAUUCGAGAGGAUGGUGGGAGUUACUGGCUCUGAAGAAGAUUUUGACAACCUAAUCCACCAGACAUCGAGGCAGAGGCCGCACACAUCUGCUAUUAAAGUUCUUCAAAAAGAUGACUCAUUGGACUCACAGAGGGACACCUUGAGAAUCAGCGAUAGCGAUGACAUCCACUAA